AUGGAGGGCCAGGAUGCGCGGGAGGUGGCUGUUCAGCCAGCCGCACAACCAUUGCACAGGCGGAGCAGUGUGGCGGAAGGUGCCUCACACCAACGACAAUCGAGAGCUUCGCGAGUGCAAAAGUCGUGGAUCCAAGAUGAGCGCUUGUUGAACCAGACCGCGGAAGAAGAUGCGAUACAAGCUGGUGUCCAAGAGCAAGAAGCCCAAAGAAUUGUGAAGUAUAUCACCCGCUUUGCUACUUCAAUGUGUGUGAUCAUUGCAUCCAUCAAGAUCAGCAUCUAUUUGUACACAGGCUCAGGAGUGGUCAGGACAUCUGCGUUGGAUUCACUCGGUGACCUUACAGCCAAUAUGAUCACGCUGUACACCGGAUACAAGAUGUCGCAAUUGGACUUCAAGAAGUAUCCUGCUGGGCAGGGCAAGUUCCAGAGCAUUGGAUGCUUGGUUUUCAGCACGCUGAUGUUUGCCUUGAUGUUUGGUAAUGCGCUCGGGAAUCUUGAAAGCCUGCUGGAGAGCAAGGAUGAUAUUGGAUUUGGAGCAAUCUCCAGGUUUUUCGAUCAGACUCGGUCCGUUCCAGAAUUUGGCCUAUGGCAGUCGGACUUGGUCUGCGAGGAGGACGGAGAAUGUUUGUGGAAGACAGAGAAAGAUGGGGGAGCGAAGAUUCUCAAUCCAUUGAUUCCACACUUCAACAAGCAUGGUAGUGCUGAAGAGAAGGAAAUGGUUAAAACCUUGGAGAAGACCAUUACCCGUGGCCAGAUUGUGGAGUUUUCUGCCAAUUAUGAGAAUCGAGCACACCAGUGGAACAGACUGAAGUUUCAGAACACCUUUUUGGGAGUCUGCGCAAUGUACAAGUGCUGCUUAUGGUUGUACUGCAUCUACUUUGCAAUUCCCAAGAGUGGCUCAUCCAUACUUGUCGCACUGGCCACCGACAAGAGGAACGAUUUCAUUUGUACAAGUUUCGUCAUUUUCGCGACGUUCUUUGCCGCCGUUUUUCCAACGGUGACGCAAACCUUUCUUCCAGAAGAGAAAGUUGAUCCCUUUGUGUCCUUCAUCUUGUCAAUAUGCAUCAUGUACACAUGGUCCGAAUUGAUGAUUGAACACAUGACGAUCCUAAGCCAGCAGGCAUCACCUUCUGAAUUCCGCGAGGGCGUCGAAGCAGAAGUACGAUCAGUAGUGAAGGAAGACUCCCCGUGCACGGUGGACACGGAGGACAUCAAAGCUUAUGUCUCCGGGGUCGGCAACACGGUGGAGGUGACGCUGACGGUGAAGUCUGACAAGACUUCCUGCUCAGAGGCUUGCCUUUUGGCAGAGGUCCUAAGGAGACGUUUGAAAACGCUUGAGGACACAGAGCGCGUUACAAUCUUCAUCGUGCGUCCGAGCUCCGGGCCGCUCGUGGUUGUCGCUUACACUUGCCUGUGGGCAUAUAGAAUACGCAUGCACCCCGUUCGCGACUAUGGCUAUCUCAUUCACGAGUUCGAUCCAUGGUUUAACUUUCGUGUCGCACAGUAUUUGGCCAAGAACGGUUGGUUCAAGUUUGCGAAGUGGUACGACUACAUGAGCUGGUAUCCUAUUGGUCGGCCAAUCGGGACCACAACUUAUCCUGGAAUGCAGUUUGCCAGCAUUGGCAUUUGGAAAGUCAUGAAACUUCUUCCGAAGGCAGAGUGGGAAAUGAAGUGGCUAGAGCAGCUGCCGAAAGGUUGGAAGACUUACUUUCCCGGUCACGGAAAACUCUCAUUCUCUUCAAUGAGCUUGAACGACGUUUGUGUUUUGACACCAGCUUGGUUUGGUGGGGUGGCUACGCUGUUCCUUGUGCUGCUCACAAUGGAGGCUUCAGAGAGUACUUCAGCUGGUGUUGCAGCUGGGCUUGUGAUGGCCAUCAUUCCAGCUCACAUGAUGCGCUCAAGCGCCGGUGAGUAUGACAAUGAAGCCGUGGCGGUUGCAUGCUUUUGUGCCACAUUCUGGCUGUGGUGUCGUUCCAUUCGAACACCACAGUCAUGGCCAUGGAGCAUCCUCGCUGGCCUGGCAUACUUCACUGCGGCGGCUACAUGGGGUGGCUACAUUUUUGUCAACAACAUGAUCGGUCUCCAUGCAGCUGUGCUAGUAGCUUUGGGCAAAAACAACUCCGACCUUUACAAGGCAUACACGCUUUGGUACGUGAUCGGCACUUCAUUGGCUACGCUUGUUCCUGUCAUUGGAUGGUCUCCAUUGAAGGCAGUUGAGCAGAUGCCUACGCUGCUGGUGUUCAUCACCUUUCAGCUGAUGCAGAUUUGUGACCUGACCCGUCACCGCACAUCUCGUUUAGCCAACCCCUGGGUAUUCUUUGCCUUCAGAGUGGGAGUGUUUGCUCUAGCCAUCCUUGUGGGUGCCGGCGUGUGCUGGGUGCUGUACAGCCUCGGCCACUUCGCUCCUCUGGGUGCGAGAAUACGCGGUCUUUUCCUAAAGCACAAGAAGACCGGAAAUCCCCUUGUUGAUUCAGUGGCUGAGCAUUCCGCAACCAGCAAUCAAGCAUAUGCGCAAUUUCUGGGUGACGCUCGGUUUGUGGCUGCAGUUGGUCUCUUGUUUUGCUGGCACCAACGCACACCAGCGAAGAUUUUUCCUGUCAUUUAUGCAGCUGUUGCCUGGCACUUCUCGGGGAAAAUGUCUAGAUUGAUGAUUAUUUGCGGGCCCAUCGUGUCAAUGCUGGCUGGCUACCCAGUUGGAAUCGUUGUGGACUGGUGCUUGCAGCAAUUCCUGAACCUGCUUUGUGCACCACGGCCACUCGCUGAACCUCAGAAGGAGCUGAGAUCAGGAGGCAUGGGCUCCAUAUUCCGAGUUCUUUGGAGCUAUUGUCAGCCCAUGGCCCUGCCGACAGAGGCGCAAGAUACGCUAAAGCUGCUUGAGGAUAUACAUGGCCAAUUCCCACGCCCAUGCAGGGCGAUCAGAUGCAGUGUUGCCAUCAUGGUCUUGGUCACUGGGUAUGUGAACAUUCGCGAGCCCACCAAGAAGUUUAUCCGGGAAUGCGAAGAGAUUGCUCCACAUAUGGGCCAUCCAUCAAUCGUCUUCAAAAGCGGUCAGGGUCUGAUCACAGACUACCUCGACGGCUACAAGUGGAUGAAGGACAACACACCUGCGGAUGCCCGAGUGAUGGCCUGGUGGGACUAUGGCUAUCAAAUCACUGGAAUCGGUAACCGAACAUCAAUAGCUGAUGGCAACACAUGGAACCACGAACACAUCGCCACGUUGGGCCGCACUUUGACGAACCCAGAGAAGAAGGCUCACAACAUCAUGAAGCAUCUUGCAGACUAUGUCUUGGUCUGGGCUGGAGGACAUGGUGAUGAUAUGGGCAAGUCUCCCCAUUUGGCUCGCAUUGCCAAUUCAGUGUUCCCUGAUACGUGUGGUGAAGACGAUCCAACAUGCAGGAAAUUUGGCUUCACCCACACGGGUGAGCCAACCGAGAUGAUGGCUUCUUCAUUCCUCUACAAGGCCGUCAAGCACAACAUGGAGGGAGUUCGAUUGGAUCCAAAGCUCUUCAAAGAGGUCCACACUACCAAGUACGGCUUGAUGCGAAUAUUCAAGGUCCUUGGUGUAUCUGAAGAAUCGAAGAACUGGAUAGCCGAUCCAGCAAACCGGAAGUGUGAUGCACCGGGAAGUUGGUACUGUGUCGGCCAAUAUCCGCCAGCCCUCAGCAAACUCAUCGCGAAGCGGAAGAAUUUCGCCCAGUUGGAGGACACCGACACAGCACCUCAGGCCGUGGCAUAUGUGGCAUGGCCGGGGCAGCGUCAGGACUUCAACCGAAAGGAUGGAGAAAAGAGCGCCUACACCCGAAUGGUGCGCUUCGAUGCCGAAAUUUGCUGUAGUCGCCUCCUGUUUGCUUCGUCCCGAUCAAGACGGAACCUUCAACCACUGCAACGAUGGGCCAGUGGAGGGAAAGAGUCUCCUUUUGAGGUCGAAGUGGUUGAUGUGCAGCGUCGAAGAUUCCCUUGGCUGCUCUUGGGUGUAGCAGGUAGUGCCGGUGUCGGUGCUUUGUACCUCAAGCAGCAAAGGGAUUUGCAAAAAGAUGCUGAGACAGCGGCAGUAGCAGCUGCAGCAGAAGCUGAGUUGAAAGCCAAAGAAGCGAAAGCCGCAGCUGCAGCUGAAGAUGCUGCCGAAGCUGAAGCUGCAAAGGCUGCUGCUCUCAAAGAAGCACAAGCUGCUGAAGCUGAAGCAGCCCGUGAAGCUGAAGCGGCACGUAAAGCUGAAGCAAAGAGACAAGCUGAGCAGGCAGCACUGCAGGCACUGGAGACAACCUGUUUGCGGUGCAGCCAGCUCCUUGCUGAGGUGAGCAUCAUUCAAGAUGCAGCUGAGUACUACUCAGCGACGGAUUCAGACAAUGAAGACCUCCACGCCUUGCUUUCCACGUUACAGGCAUUCGUGAAUGAGGAUGCAUUCAAAGAUCUUCAACAGUCCCAGGGCGAAAAGUCACAGCUGGCUAGCAAGUUGUUGAGCAGUUUUGCAUUCUUGCGACUGUUCGUUCAGAGAUUGCAGAAGGCUGAGGCAGCAGAAAGACAGUUUGAUGCUGCUGCUGGCUCAAUCAGGGCAGAACGGCGGCGCUGGUUGGCAGGUGAAGCUGCAGAUUUGUUGAAGAUGGAAGAUGGAGUUGCUCAAGCGGAAGCUGCACUGGUGGAACUGGAAAGUACUGGCAUGAAGUCUGAUGUUUUGGACCAGGUCAUAGAGUCGGCAAGGUUGAAUUUACGAGAAAUGAAGGACGAAGAACAGAGAAGACACACCCGAGAAGUGACAGGCAAAGCCCUGGAGGCUGCCAUGAACACCAUCUCCUUAGAUAGCAAGGUGUGCGAGCAGACUGCAAAGGAUGCCGUUAAAGCUGGUUGUCCCCCAUCAGCAGCACUGGAAAUCGCUGAAAGAGUGGCAAACAUAGACAAUGACCUCAGCAUACCAAAGUUGUAUGAAUCGAUUGAACCAUUGUCACUGCCGGGUGUGGCCACAGGCCCACACAUUACUUCAGCUGACAGACGUCCGGAGGACUACGUAAGCGCAGCUGUGGCGGCAAAGGCUUCCAUGACAGAGGCUCAACUUGUAGAACACAUCUCCCAGCUGGCAGAGGCUUUGGCCACACAUCAUCAACGAGAAGCCCUUGAGCUCUCGGGCACCUGGGCUGCGAUUUUGCCAAAUUGGGAAAUUCAGAGGCAAGAAAAGACUGGGAAAAUCCAGGAGGAGUUCACCACCAGGAAGAAGUUGGGGAAGGAAACCUGCGAAACCGAGCUCAAAGAGUUAGCUGCCAGGCGACUUCAAGAAGCACUGCAGGACGCAGUUGAAGAGGUGCAGGAGCGGUCAGAGAGGGACAUCUAUGAUCUUUACUCUAGCACCAACCUUCAACUUCAAGAGGAUCUGACUGGCGCCAUUCGCAGCUUUGACUCCUACUUUCGUGGAUUACCUGAAAUCUUUACCCGACAAGUUCAAGAGCUGUGGAACCAGGGCCAUUGCCCACAACACAGAGUGGCAAAGGCCAGCCAUUCUGCCGCCACUACCCUGGCCGCUGAUCCGGCCAUCACUUCUGAAGAACUCCAACGUGCAUUUCACAGAAAGCUGCCAGAACUUAUGGCAGCUGCUUUUGAACCUGGGGAACAUGCGGGAUAUCUCGGCAGCUUUAUUGGCCAAGUCUUUGGAAGGCUUUACAAGAUCAAAGGUGAACAGACUCAGCUUGCUAUACAGGAGGAUUUGGAAUCGAAGCUUGGAGCCCUACCUAUAGAUGACGGAAAAGAUGUGCACAAGAAUUUGCGAACAUUGGCUGAAGCCCUGAGACUGAUAGAGCGUGGAGAGAUGCGAGGGGCUCUUGCUGCCCUAGAUGGCUUGGCAGGACAAUGUAGAUCACAGGCCGAGGAGUGGGUUUUGCUGGCUCGUCAAACACUACUGUACCAACAAGCCUCUGACGCUGCAAAAGCACGCAUGCUGUGCUUGGGUACCACUUUGGUAGAGUCAGCUUGAGGUUAGAGUCUGUUAGAGUGAUUAGAGCUCGGCCAAGCAUGGCCACACACAAUUGCUUCCAUAGACUUCGUGCAGAGGUGCCAAAAAAGUGUGGUGAUAG